UGAAUUUCCUGCACUGGGAGCAGUUUGCAGUUAAUUUCAUUCUGACCUGGACCAAGAUAAUCAGCAGAAAUGGUUGACGCGUUCUGUGCUAAGUGGAAACUGAUUGACAGCCAGAAUUUUGAUGAGUACAUGAAGGCGCUCGGUGUCAGUUUUGCUACAAGGCAAGUGGGAAAUGUUACUAAACCAACAGUAGUGAUCAGUCAAGAUGGAGACAAGGUGGUGGUGAAAACCCUCAGCACCUUUAAAAACACAGAGAUCUCCUUCAAACUGGGAGAGGAGUUUGAUGAAGUCACAGCAGAUGACCGGCAUGUCAAAUCUACCGUCACCAUGGAAGGAAACACCCUUGUGCAUGUGCAGAAGUGGGACGGCAAAGAGACAAAACUUGCCAGAGAGAUCAAGGAUGGGAAGCUGGUGAUGACUUUGACGUUUGAAGGAAUCCAGGCUGUCCGAACAUACGAGAAAGCUUAAGAAGACAAAUCAUCCGGUUGUGAAUGAAUGACAUUUUUUU